AACCUCACCGGCGACGGAAAAUGGCAUUCGCGUCUCCUUCGCUCCGUCUGCUUCCUCAGUCUCCGUUCCGUCUAAUAGCACCAAAACGACACCGUUUCAGUGCUUCGAAACCCUCACUCUUCUCCUUUCACCAUGAAUUUUCAUCGUCUUUCACUGUCAGAACCCCGGUAUCUUCUUCCUUCGUCGUCGGCGCCGUCUCCGGAAAAUCCACUACCGGGAAGAAAUCGAAAUCCAAAACCAAAGGUAAACCUCCUCCUCCUCCGCCAGUUACUACUGUGGCUGAAGAGCAAGACAUUGCCGAGCCAGAAACAGUCAACAUUGCCGAAGAUGUCACUCAGUUGAUUGGAAGCACACCAAUGGUGUAUCUCAAUAGAGUCACUGAUGGAUGUUUGGCUGACAUUGCUGCCAAGCUUGAAUCAAUGGAGCCCUGUAGAAGCGUCAAGGAUAGGAUUGGUCUGAGCAUGAUCAAUGAGGCAGAAGACAGCGGAGCUAUAAGUCCGAGGAAGAUUGCUAAUUCGAUAUUUUCAUCAAAGCAGACUGUGUUAGUAGAACCAACAACCGGAAACACUGGCCUUGGUAUUGCUUUUGUGGCUGCAGCUAAAGGCUACAAGCUUAUAGUGACAAUGCCAGCUUCUAUCAAUGUUGAAAGGAGGAUGCUUUUACGUGCACUAGGAGCAGAGAUUGUGCUAACGAAUCCAGAGAAGGGUCUCAAAGGAGCAGUGGAUAAAGCCAAAGAGAUUGUUCUCAAGACAAAGAACGCAUAUAUGUUUCAGCAAUUCGACAAUACGGCAAAUACAAAGAUCCACUUUGAAACUACAGGACCAGAAAUUUGGGAAGAUACAAUGGGUAAUGUCGAUAUAUUCGUUGCCGGAAUUGGAACUGGUGGUACUGUAACUGGUACUGGAGGUUUCUUGAAAAUGAUGAACAAGGAUAUUAAGGUAGUCGGCGUUGAACCAUCAGAAAGAAGUGUGAUUUCUGGAGAUAAUCCUGGUUACUUACCGGGAAUCUUGGAUGUUAAAUUACUUGAUGAAGUGUUUAAGGUUAGCAACGGGGAAGCGAUUGAGAUGGCGAGGAGAUUAGCUUUAGAGGAAGGAUUGCUGGUUGGGAUUUCAUCUGGAGCCGCUGCAGUAGCAGCAAUUAGCUUGGCUAAAAGAGCAGAGAAUGCCAGAAAACUUAUCACGGUUCUGUUUCCGAGCCAUGGCGAGCGAUUGGAGUUAAAGAACGGAAGAAGAAAAUAUCAAUUUGAAAUGAGUACUCAAGGAGAAAUGGAGGAGAGGCUAUUACGUGUAGGAUCAAAUGCUGAGGGUCAGAGCAAUAAUAGGGAGAGUCUCUAUUUGAGAACGAAGGUUUGGAGUGAAGUAAGUAAAAUGUGGAGAAUAGCAUUACCUUCGUCUUUGUUCCGAAUGACUUCGUUUGGGAGCAUCAUUGUGGCUCAAGCCUUCAUCGGUCACUCCUCUGAGUUGGGUCUAGCUGCUUACGCUCUCCUCCAAAGCACAUUCAUCCGCUUUCUCUAUGGUUUAAUGGGCGGUAUGUCAAGUGCAACGGAGACAUUAUGCGGGCAAGCAUACGGUGCAGAACAAUACCACACAAUGGGGAUAUAUCUACAACGUUCAUGGAUCGUGGACAUGGUCGUGACCUCUCUGUUCCUACCGUUUAUUAUACUUGCGGGUCCCAUUCUCCGCCUAUUAGGCCAAAACGUUGAGAUCACAAAGACCGUUGAUGAGAUAUAUCCGUGGAUGAUUCCUUAUGUCUAUAGCUUAAUUUUCACUAUGACCAUACAAAUGUAUCUCCAAGCACAGAUGAGGAACGCUAUUGUAGGCGUUCUUUCGACAUUGUCCUUGGCUCUUGACCUUGUGGUCACGUGGUGGUGCGUGAGUGUUAUGGGAAUGGGCAUUGGUGGUGCACUCCUCGGACUUAAUGUGGGCUCGUGGGCAAUGGUAUUAGCCGAGUUUGUGUACGUUUUUGGUGGAUGGUGUCCGUUUACUUGGACCGGAUUUAGUAUCGCUGCUUUUGUUGACCUAAUUCCUAUGCUCAAGCUCUCCAUUUCUUCAGGCUUCAUGAUCUGCUUAGAGUAUUGGUACAUGAGCAUCCUAGUCUUAAUGGCUGGGUAUACAAAAGAUGCGAAAAUUGCAAUCUCUGCUUUCUCAAUAUGCCAAUACAUAUAUACAUGGGAACUCAACAUAUGCCUUGGCUUCUUGGGUGCGGCUUGUGUCCGGGUGGCUAACGAGCUGGGGAAAGGAGAUGCAGAUGCAGUGAGGUUUUCAAUAAAAGUGAUACUCACAGUAUCAACAUUUAUGGGAGUGAUGUUCUCAGCUCUAUGCUUAGCUUUCUGUGGUCAGAUUUCGUAUUUGUUUUCGAAUAGCGUUGAGGUUUCAGAGGCAGUGGAUGAUUUGUCGGUGAUCCUUGCCGUUUCAAUCUUACUCAACAGCAUACAACCUAUACUCUCAGGUUACACAUCUCUAUACCCUCUUCUUAUCUAUGUGAACCAUAUAACUGUUGGUGUAGCAGUUGGAGCAGGGAUGCAGAGUAUAGUGGCAGUUGUGAACUUAGCCUCUUAUUAUGCAAUUGGCAUUCCUUUGGGUCUCAUCCUUACUUAUGUUUUCCAUCUUGGUGUUAAGGGACUAUGGUCUGGAAUGUUGGCCGGAAUUGCGAUCCAAACAAUGAUAUUGUGUUAUAUCAUUUACAAAACUGACUGGGAAUUAGAGGUUAAAAGGACAAGUGAACGUAUGAAAGUGUGGAGCCUGAAGCCAUCUAAUGAAGAGUCGAAUCCCAUAAUAAGAGAAGAAAGUGAGAGCAAGUGAACUGUUUCGAUGUUAUACAUUGUUAAUACUCUCUCGUAUCUAUGAUCACUAAUUAAGCUUGAUUUUUAAU